CCGCCGAUUUCGGGGUUGGCUCGGACGGGGAAUCAUCCGUCGCACAUGCCGUGGGUGCUGACACGUGUCUACACAAGCGAUGGACGGCUGAUAUUGCGGGAGGAGAAGGUUCGUCACCACGAGUACUUCCGAGCUCACAGAUCCAACGGUCGUCUCACUCUCCAGCUUGUUCCCCUCGACGACGACGAUGACGAUGACGAAGACGACGUCCACGAUGACGGUGAUGAUCAUCAUCAUGAUGUUGCUCAUGACGAUGAAUAUGAUGAAGAGGUUGUCCUGGAUGGCGACGAGGUUCGGUCCCACGGAGGUUUAUUGGACCAGGAGGAAGAGGACGAUACAGUUGCCCUUGUUCAAGAAGAUGAUGAUGAUGUCCAUCAUGAUGAUGUUUCGGGCGAUGUGAAUGGCGGCAAUGUGGAUGGUGGUG